UGCGACGACAACUAAACGGAACAUAUCACACUAAAGAGCAGCAAAAAAAAAAAAAAUAAGAAAUAUAUAUAUUUGCAAUGGAAUUGUGGAUGUGCCUGUUGUUGGCAGGAUGUGCGCUUUUAUCACUUGGCGCGACACAGCCGCUUGCCAUCAACUAUACAACGGAUAUCCUGCGCCUGGCCAAGGCCGCCCACAUUAAGGCAUAUCUCAGCGAGGACGAGCAAAAGCCGUGCGAUAAUUUCUACAACUAUGUGUGUGGCAAUUGGCCACGUUUGCAUCCGGCACGUAUCAAAAAUAAAAAGACCAACUAUCUGGAGGAGUUGCAGGAGCUGUUUGUGCGCAAAAGUGCCGAUAUGUUAAAGACAGCCAGACCCGGCGGCGAUAGCAGUGCGGAUCGUUUAUUAAAGAGUUUCUUCACCUCGUGCUAUAAUCAGGCAAAUGACACACAAUCGGCGCUGAGAACGCUGUUGCAGGUGACCGAUUUUCGGGGUGGUUGGCCCGAGAUACGGGUACCUUCGUGGUAUUACUACGAAUACGAUUGGCUGCAGGUUAUCGCGACGAUCAAGCGACGGUUGGGCAUCGACAUAAUCAUUGGUUUGGAUGUGAUUCUCGAUUACAAGGAGGAGCAUAUGCAUCGUCUGAAGAUCGGUGCACCACAACUACCGCUGGGUCAUCGUCGUCAAUAUUUGGAUGCAAGUUACCAUCUGACACGCCUGAGAUAUCAGCGCUCAAUUGCCGAGAAACUGCAACGUUAUUUUCCGGAGCAAUCGCAACGUUGGUACGAAGAGGUCUCUGAUCAGGUGGUGGAUCUUGAACAGCAACUGGCCAAGGGGUUGCCACACAAUGCCGCAUUGACGCUGGAACAGACGACACGACAACGUACGGCGGCCGAGAUGAAGGCCGCAUAUGGCAGUUAUGUGGAUGUGAGUCGCUAUCUGCAAAUGAUUUUCAAUGAUACGAUGUAUGUGGACCUGUAUGAGACGCCCGAGGAUUAUCUAUCGAAUUUGGUGGACGUGAUACGUUUAACGCCCAAAAUGCAAUUGGCCAACUAUACAAUUUGGCGUACACUGGACACCCUGGAUCAGGCACGUGUCCCCCAAAAUGUCCAGCCGGGCAUCUGGUGUGUGCAGAUGGUACGUGACCAUUUCCCCCAGCAACUGGAGAGUCUGUUCCAUCGCAACUACAACAAUAUGCAGAUGAUCAACGAUUUGCAGUCGACAUGGUCGGAUAUUAAGCGUGUCUUUCGCGAGCAACUGCAGGCAUCCACAGAUCUCCAUUGGAUGACACUGGAGACGAGACAACGGGCCAUCGCCAAACUGGACGCAAUUGAGCUGCAAUUCCGUAAUCAUGACGAGACACAGCUAAUCCGGCAGACGCAUGGAUUGCGUUUGCAUCCAGAUCAAUUCUAUCCAAAUUUGGCUAAUGUGCUACAGUGGCGCACACAGCGCCAGCUGGCAAAGCUGGUCGAGGAACCCCAACUGAUGGAUCAAGUGUACAAGGUGCCACACUAUGAACUGACCAACAACAAGAUGCAAAUCCCGAUUACUUUUCUGCAGGCCCGUUUCUUCUGGGAUCCCGCCUAUCCGAAUGCGAUCAAGUAUGGCACCCUCGGAGUUCUGCUCGCUCGCCAAAUGCUGCAUGGAUUCGAUGAUGUGGGCAGACACUAUGAUCGACACGGUUAUCGCAACAAUUGGUGGGAUCCCAUCUCGGAGGGUUCGUAUUCGCGUCGCUCCCAAUGCUUCCAGGAGCAGUAUGCGAUUUUUGAGGAUUUCCACGGCAAGCCGGUGCACGAUAAAGGACUAAUUAGCCGCAUUGUCGCCGAUAAUGGUGCGCUCGAUAUCGCAUAUCGUGCCUAUGUCGAAUGGCUGAAGAACACCGAUGAGACCUCGACUCUAUAUCAGCGAGAACAAUUGCCAUUACUCGACAAUACGCACAAUCAACUUUUCUACAUGGCCUAUGCGCAGUUGUAUUGUUCCGAUUAUCCGGAAUCUGUGGAGAUGUUUGAUGAGCUGCCGGAACAGAUACGCGUAAAUACGGCUCUCUCCAAUUCGGAGCAUUUUGUGAACGCGUUCAGCUGCUCCCGCAGCGACAAGCUCAACGCUCGCUUCAAGUGUGCACUUUAUUAACAACAUACAUUAUCUUUAUAUAUAUUUAUAUAUAUAUACUUAUAUUCAAACAACAAGUAUAAUAAAGCUUUUGCACAUGUCUGUUUUUUUGCCAAGACGAA